GAUGGGGCGCAUCGAGUGGGCCAUGUGGGCCAACGAGCAGGCGCUGGCCGCCGGGCUGAUUCUUAUCACCGGUGGCAUCGUGGCCGUUUCAGCCCAGUUCCACGGCUGGGAGUUUGCAGCCUACGCAAUAGCAGCUGGUGUGUUUGUUUGCCUGUUGGAAUAUCCUCGUGGGAAAAGGAAAAAAGGUUCUACCAUGGAGAGAUGUGGUCAGAGGUAUUUCACAGUGGUGGUGAAGGUGUUUGGACCUCUCACUAGGAAUUAUUAUGUUCGAGCCAUCCUACACGCAAGUUUGGCUGUCCCCGCGGGGUUCUUGCUGUCCACCAUCCUGGGCACAGUAUGCCUGGCUAUAGCAAGUGGCAUCUACUUACUGGCUGCCAUCCGUGGCGAAGAGUGGAACCCCAUCGAACCCAAGCCCCAGGAACGGCCGCAAGUGGGGGCCACCAUUAAACACCCCCCAACCAACCCGCCGCCUCGACCUCCCGCAGAAGCCCGCCGGAAGCAGCCUGACGAGGCAGCCGUGGGUCAGGACAACCCCGCCGCCGACAUGUAAGCGGAGCGACGGAUCCUCACGUUGCUGCUGCCCUCGAGGAACAUCCGAAGAAGAUACGGCAACCACUGUGAGCAGCGGGUGAAAGGGCCUGGCACAGAAGGGCCAACCGGAUCUAUCGAUUACUUGACUGCACCAGGCAAGACCGACCUGCCAGCUGGAUACUAG